AUGAACAGUGCUACAUGGCGGAUUCCAUGUCGUCGCUGGGUUCAUGCGCAUUCGCGGUCUUCCUCUCUCCUAGCUCAGCUUCCCCUCCUAUACCCCCCGUCGACACGGCUGCUAGACGCAAUACGAUAUGCUUCCACCAAGACGCCAGCUUCUAGUAGUAACAACACCAGCCGUCGACCCUCUGGCCCCAAAAUCCGUGGACAUGCGGCUGUCUUUCUAGAACGCGACCUACCGGCUCCUCAGAUUGCCCAGAUAUUCGGCACUGCCACCAUAUCUGCAGAGCAGGGUAACCGGAUCCUACGGGCCCUCCAGGAGCAGCGGCUGUCAGGGACGCUUGAUCUCCCGUUGCCAGCUGAAAUUGCCCGCGUUGCUCCGCCGCAUAUUGUAGACUACGGUCUUGCAUGGCUGCGGAGAACCCAUCCCCUGGACGAGGACGCAGCUAUCCUAGCAAGAAUCGAAAGAGAGGAGCAGGAGGAGGAGGAGCAGCUGAUACGACGGGCAGAGGAACUAGGACUCUACAAGCCGCAGAGCGGGAAAUUCGGUACCAGCACCGCCAGAGAGGGAGAUGUCUACGGGAGCAGCAUACUCGAAGAAGUCAGGAAGAAGAAUAUGAAAGAGAGCAAAGAAACGGAAGAGGAAAGGAGGCAAGAAUGGCUUGAUGGCGAAGCAAAGCGGACGGAGGAGCUCCAGGCGCAGGCAAAAAAGUUCAAGGAUAUACAAAUGUACGAGCCACAGGAGCUCGUAGAAGCCCGUCCUCGCGCAGACCCGACACUACGGCCAGCCCUAGCGUGGAUUCAACAACAGCACUUGAGAGCAACUUCAACAGAUGCGGAUGCUUCGAACCUUACAACUGCACGCCGCCUCCUACCGUCCCUAGGAGUCGUUGUUCUGACCGUUGGGCUCUGCUACCUGUAUUCUGAAACAUACGAAGAACCUCGGCGUGAACAACGGAUGUGGCCGGAUAUCAAGCCUGCCGCAGCAACUGUGGUAGCCCUGGCACUGCCUUUAUAUUUACCAGCCAUGCACGAGGAGAUCGGCCGCGGAGACUUCAUAGCAGCCUAUCUAUCCUCCGGCGCCUUUGCAACCUUUGGCUCCUUUGCCAUCCGUGUUCUAUCAAACCACCUGAGCGUUUCGUCCCUCGGGGCAAGUGGAGCUAUUUCAGGCAUAGUUGCGAUGUGGUGUGUCCUUCAUUCAAAUGAUAAGCUCACCAUAGCCUUUCUGCCGCGCGAAUGGCAGGAUAAAAUAUCUGCAUCGGGCUCUACCUUCCUGUGCGCAAUAAUACUAGGAGAACUAUUGAAUUUCAUACCAGCAUUUCGCUUCUUCGCAGUUGAUCUGUGGUCACAUCUGGCCGGUUACGGUGCCGGGAUAGCUCUGGGUUUGCUGUGGAAGGAAAAAAAAGCGCGUGAACGCAGGAAUAACCCCCAAAGCUGGCUGAAAUCUUUUUGA